AUGGAUAAGACUGAAGAAACAGAGACUGUCGAUUCAACCGCACAGUCAGGGCCCCGCCGACACCCGAAGAAACGAACCAAGACCGGCUGUCUGACAUGCCGCAAACGCCGCAUCAAAUGUGGUGAGGAAAAGCCCAUUUGCACCAAUUGUGUCAAGUCCAAGCGUGUCUGCGAGGGCUAUGCCCAGCGAGUGGUGUUCAAGAAUCCCAUAGGUAUCUUUGGGGCUUUUCACAACUCCCAUCAUUAUGAUCCACAAUUGCAGCAGCAGUACACAGGAUCAUCAUUAUACAAUGAUUAUGGCUCUCAACUUCUUCCCCAGCAGGCGGCGGCGGCGGCACAGCAUCCAAUGUUGGCCCCGCGGCCCGUUGACCCGGCCGUGGUGGGAUAUCACCCCGUUCUAUCGCAGGUAGCGUCGACUAGUCAAUUGCAGCAAAACAAUGGGCAUCAAUUUUAUCAUCCCACUGCUCCGCCUGUUAUACCUCAGCAGCCGCGGGCUGAUGUGUGGCCUGCCCAUAUAUCAGGGCAGCCACAGAACAUACCCGCCCAGCCACCGGGAAGCAAUUAUUCACAAAUACAACCGCCUAUAUAUCCCAGUCAGACUACCUCAGAAACACCACAAUCAACCAUCCCAAAUCAAUCAGUCAUUAGACCCAUUGGUCAAACUGCCGAGGAAUAUGCCUCCAAUCUCUCCCCAAUGCCGGCCCUUAACGCCCCACCAGGACCCAGCAGUCAUGAUACUGGCCUGAUACCUCAAGUAUGCAACCACGUCAAUAUGUCUUCUAAUCAAUAUGCUAAACCCAUUUUACAGGUGACCCGGCCCUUGCCGACUAUAUAUCAUUAUCAAACACAGCCCGGGCAAUUACCGCAACCACCUCGGCCCCAUGAACAAUUCAUUCCUCAUCAGCCAUCAUCUCAGGUGGUGUUCAUGGAAGAUGAAAGUGAAGACCACUACGAUGUGGACUCGGACGACGAAGCAGGGGACCAGUCUCAGGUCGAGGGCUUCAACCAGCUGAGCCUUAUCAUGGCUUCCGCCAAUUACGACGAACGAAAACUCCGUUCCUUUACGACUUAUCUGAACGAACCGAACAUUCUUGCCUCCUACCGUCCAACACUGGGAUCUUCUCCCUUGAACAACCCUAAAACCGCCCGCAUCUUCGCCCAUUUCAUCCACACGACCGGCCCCUCUUUGUCAAUUUUCGAACGACAUCCUACCGACUCCUCGAUCAUUCUGAGUGCCACGGUCCCCUCUGCUCAACAGGGAUUGUGGACUUAUACACUCGCCCUCAAGGCACUGGAGCACCCUGCCCUACUUCAAGCAAUUCUUGCAGUCAGCAGUCUACAUAUUGCAUACUUGCAGCAGGUCCCUUCGACUGUAUCGCUUAAACACUACCACUAUGCACUGAAACGUGUUGGCUCUGCAGUCGGUCUACCACUCCGACGCAAACAGGUCGGUACACUUGCUGCCACUUUGUUGCUGGGAUACUACGAGGUGGUAUCUGCCGAUCACUCCAAGUGGAACAACCAUGUAGCUGGGUCCGCGCAUCUGAUCCGGGAGAUCGAUUUCGCUGGUAUCACUCGGGACCUGCGGGCUCAUCGGCGCAGAGUUCACGAUCGGCGACAGGCGGAGUGGUCGAACUCGUGGUGGGGAAUGCCCGGUGAUGUUUCUGAGGAUGACCCAUUCGCCGAGAAAGAGACCAACGUGGAUGAGGAUCUCGUUGGUACUCUGAUGGGUCGUGUAGUCAACUAUGACUUCUUCGGGGGUGUUGAGGGAAAUAGUCCCUCCAAAAAGCACUUCACUCGAAAGGACAUCGAGACUUUCCGAAUUCAGUGCGAUCUGUAUUGGUGGUACUCGAAGCAGGACGCCUUCCAGAGCUUCAUUGGUGGAAACAAGCUGCUGACGCCCUACUCUCAAUGGGGUCAGUGCCCACCUCGAGCUGGUAUUGGUCGAUUGGAUGCCAUCUACGGCUCCGCAGACCAUUUGUGGCUAUUACUAGCUCGAGUCACGGACUUUGGCUUCCGUGACCGGAAACGAAAGUUGAAAGCCUCAAAGGUAAAUGGGAGCUGGAGGCCAGGUCCUGAUAUGUUCCAAUUCAUGGGUCGAUUUGCUGGUGGGCCUCCUGGUCAGAAGCCCGGACCCGGUCCACCGGGUCCACCUCCUGGUGCUGGUGGACCUCCCGGGGGUGCCCCUGCCGCUCAUACAUCUGGCCCGCCUCGUCCACCACCAGGGGGUCCCUCGGCGACCUCGCAUCCACCAGGCGGGCCGGUGUCAGCUGAGAGUCCUCCGAUGUAUGGCAUGGUACCUCCGCAACCUCCACCACGUCUUCCCACUGGGUUCCAAGACAGGCCUCGGGGACCCUCGCCAGAUGAGGAUGACCAGGAGGAUGUGAGCUACAUGGAAGCAGAGCGGGAAUGGGAAGAUAUCCUGGUUGCAGCAGAGACAUUUGCUCUUGCACUUGGGCGUGACUUCCAGCCUUUGCCGGUUGACGUGGCUCCUCAGAUUGCCACGCCAUUUGGUCCGGCCCUCCAGUACCGCACUCACACCAUUGCGGUCAUCUGGGGGUACUAUUACGCUGUGCGGAUUCUGCUCAAUCGCAUCCAUCCCUCCAUGCCUCCGGCCAUUAUGAUGGCAGCCGGGGUAGCCGCCCCAACCACGGCGGAGUAUUCUCAAGCCGUCGGGAAGAUCAUGUCCGGCGUCUACUACCCGCAGCGCUAUAAUCUCGAAGCUGGGAGCCUCAGUCCGAACCUGGGUUCUGCAUUGACCGAAAUGACGGUCCCGGUCUUCUUUGCGGCGGUUCAAUAUACUGAUACCACGCAGCGGGGCUGGACCAUAUCUAAACUGCGUGAUAUUUCCCGACUGACAGGUUUCAAAAGUGCAGAGGCUAUUGCGGGUGGAUGUGAAAAGGCAUGGAUCGGAGCUGCCAGUCAAGGUCGGGGACCACCCUAUCAACGGUCGUUUGAGACCGAGCGAGAGCGCGAAAUUGAACUUGCACGCCAGAGUGAGGCUGUGCUGGAGGAAGUAGAUGAUCGGCGAUUUGUGACUGUCAAGCCCGAUCGGGCGCAUUGGGCUAUGGGGAUUUUGGAAGACAUUGCCAAUUUGGAGGUUUAG